CGCGGCCUGUCUUCUUUUUCAACAGCGCCCUGUUUACCUAAUCCAUGCAGACAUGGGGGACAAUGCAUCGCCUCUCGUCGCCAUGCAGCCGGAUAUAAAUGCCGGUGCAAGAGUGGCUACGCAGGAAGAUUAUGUGAAUCCGACAUCAGUAAAUGUUCGAAAAAUCCUUGUCAAAAUGGAGGUAUUUGUGUCAACAAUCAUGGAGGAUACAGUUGCACAUGUGCGCCUGGAUUURAGGGAAAAAAUUGUGGAAAAGAUAUCAACGAAUGUUUGAAAAGCCCUUGCCAAAAUGGCGGCAAGUGUGUGAACAAUCAUGGAGGAUACAUUUGCACAUGUCCACCUGGAUUUUUAGGGAAAAAAUGUGAAAAAGAUAUCGACGAAUGUUUGAAAAGUCCUUGUCAAAAUGGUGGCAAGUGUGUGAACAAUCAUGGAGGAUACAGUUGCACAUGUGUGUCUGGAUUUUCAGGAAAAGAUUGUGAAAAAGAUGGUGGCAAGUGUGUGAACAAUAAUGGGGGAUACAGUUGCACAUGUACACCUGGAUUUGAAGGAAAGGAUUGUGAAAAAGAAKUAGAAAAAUGUCAAAGAAAACCAUGCCAAAAUGGUGGGAAAUGUGUUGAAAAUGACAGUGGUUACAGUUGUGUUUGUACAUCGGGUUUUGAAGGAAAGAACUGUGAGAAAGAUAUCGAUGAAUGUCUGAAAAUUCCCUGUCAAAGUGGAAGCACAUGCGUGAACAAUAUUGGAGGUUAUAGUUGCACAUGUGCACCAGGUUUUGAAGGAAUUAAUUGUAAAAAAGUUAAACACAGGCCGGUUGGCUGCUUCAAGGAUAACGGAGGUCAAAGCAGACCACUACCAGAACUCAUUGCAAACUUCAGACCAUCAAUUGACUGGCAUAAUAUGGACAAGACCGUGAAUCAGUGCGCAGAGAAGACAAAAGAAAAGGGGUACACCUAUUUUGGGAUUCAAUUUUAUGGGGAGUGCUGGAGUGGACCUAAUGCUGAAGAAACGUACUCUGAUCACGGCAAAUCGACAAAAUGUUGGAGUGGUGUUGGUGCUGCUGGGAGCAAUUUUGUACACCGCAUUAUAAAAUAACCUUGAUAUUGCAUGAACCGUCUUUUUCCACUGACUAUUAUGUAAAAUGAUUAUUACAAUUUGAGAUUAAGAAAAGCGAAAAUAGCGCUUUUCGAGGUGAUACUAGCACAUAAAUAAGGUAAAAUUGUGAAGUUUUAACUGGCAAACUUUGUGUUGAGCGUUGUAAAUUUUCACUUUUUUAUUUGAUAUGAUGUUGACAGUGUGACCUAGAAAUAUCGCACUUAUUUUUUCUUUUCGUGUAAACCACUAGAGUUUAAUUUAAUGAUUAACAACUACAAUAAAUGAGCAUUUAAAAAACGGUA